AUGGUGGAGUCCACCCUCGGCCCUCACCCUGCUCGCCCUCCAACUCCUCCCAGGCCUGGUUCACGGAUCGACCAAGACAACCCGGAGUCUACAGCUGACGUCCAGACUCCGAGAGACUCGGCGUAUGCGACGAGUAUCACGAAGGUUUCUCCUUCAAGCCAUAGUGCCAAACGGGUGAAUUUCUCGCCAUGGCUCCAUACCAUCAUUGAGGCGCCCCAAUCAACCACCAAGGCACGGUUAGCGAACUCCAAAGAGAUCUCACACCCUCAGAGCCCAUACUUGAGUGACGGGCGGCCUUUUAAAUCGAUCUUGAAAGAAACUAGCUCCCCGAUCCCCGUUUGGUCACCCAAUGUCGAUACUUUCACGACCGAGUCACUCGCAAUGCUUCUUGCAUCAGUGAUUCAGCAGUUGGCUGGAGAGUCAAUCACAUCACGACUCGAUGCAUAUAUGCAAUUUUUUGGUGCUCUUAGAACAUAUGAGGGGCUUCCGGGGGGGAAAGAUAUUGCGGAUAAGUUGGGUCUCAUCACUGAAUCUAUUCAGCGUGAUGUGAGCCGCGAUCUGGUGAACGGCCAACCACUGGAUACAAACUUGGCCAACCAGGCAUUAAAACUCUCGGCUGCCUUUGUCUGGCAUGAGGACAUUUCAUCACAUCUCUCAGACGAAUUCCGAGUCUUCUUGGUAGAGCAAGCAAUCACUUGCCUCCAAGAGGCGAAAAUGCCCAAAUCGGUCCUGACACAUUACAUGUCGAUUCUAUCCACCCAAAACUUUGGCUCGAAGAUCAUGACCCAGACUCGGGUCACUCGUAUUCUCACAUCGUUGCAGGAUAUAACCAAGCAAGUCUCUGGCAAAGCCAUCGCCCAGCACCGCCUAAGCAUUUACCAGCGCCUUCUUACUCAAUCCAAGUCAACUUUCCUCUCACAACCUUCGACAUGGAUGGAGCAUCUAGUAUUUGGCCUGUUGCAUCAUAUGAAGGAAAUACGCACAAAAGCAAUCGCCCUUGGCUUUCAAUUAUCUAUGGCUGCCGGACCGAAUGCUGCUCUAUCCAGAACAGUGCGAGACCUUUUUAAUCGGCCCCUGGAGAAUGGUGGGAAAUUGAUUACGGAGAUCCGCGAACGUAUGUGUCGAAUGGUUGCAUCUGCAGAAACUGGUGUGUUCGUGCCCCAGAUUUGGAGUAUCAUAAUUCUUCUAUUGAGGAGUAAAAAGUGGAACCUGGACCAAUGGGAACAUUUCAAGGAGUGGCUUCUUGUCAUGCAAAAAUGUUUCAACUGCAGCGAGCCCUCAACAAAGUCUCAGGCCAUAAUCGGCUGGAAUCGUUUCGUCUUCGCUAUCAACCCUAGCGAAACAACCGGCCGAUUGCUGCUCAAGAUGCUGGGCAAACCAAUCAUUUCUCAGUUUGAACGCAAAAAGUCCGACAAGCCAGGAAUGGCACCUACUCCACUCGCUCUGACGAGCUAUUACAACUUGCUUUAUUACACUUUCCGCCCCUCAAUACCUCACCAUCAUCUGGAUUUCAUAUGGGAAGAAUAUGUCGCUGCUCCUUCCGCUGCGAUAUUUUCAACAGCACCAGGACUCAGCGAUAGCGCUGCAGCUGUCCUUGCGAAUAUGCUUUGGUGUCCACAAGCGAAAGUUUGGACAGAACAACGGAUCACUAACCUUGCCAAGAUGGAAGUAGAGGAGCUUCCUUCGCUUGACUCCAGAUGGGUUCGCUCCAGGAUAUCCUCAGUCUUGAAUGUUUUUGAAUCUCUUCUCAAGUCGUCUGUGUGGAUUGACGAAGGAAUCGAGAAGUCAAACAUCGCUCUUGCCUGGAAUAGCCUAUCUAGUGCUUUAUCACUCGCUUCUAGCAAGGAGAUCACUCCUUCAGGGGAAUCAAUGCAGGCUGUUGCAAGUGUGCUUGGCCUGUUACAUCGUCUCUGGACAACGGGGCCACCCUCAUUGAAUGCAUAUGGCGAGCACUGUGAGGAUAUUUUCUUCGAAAGGUUCCGCUAUCUAUCAACAACCAUGAUCCUCUCGCUUGGUGGCAUUUCCUUCACCGAGAAGCUUCUCUUGAGAACUGCAGAUGAGACUUUCCAGGCUUCCCAUACAUCAACUACUCAUCGAAACCCAACAGCCGGAAACAAUCUCGAUAGCCCCAUAUUACACCUUCUCCGAAUAAUCACAAACGUCAAAUUGAUAACCGAGCCGACUCCUUCAUAUGUCAAACUUGUCGAGAGAACAAUCCAUGCGUCUUGCAACGGCCGAGUUACCCGUGGUUCUCGCCUGGAACUUCUUCAACAAUGCGCUAAUUUGGGCUUUCCUGGGACAGCCUCGCCCUCGCUGUCCAAUGAUCUUUCGGUCGUUGUUUGGAAAUCUAGUGCAGUGGCAGCAACGAAUGCAUUGCAAUCAUACCCAAUUGACUCGGCCAGGGAGCGUGAUGGCUCUGUUUCUCGCGAUUAUGAAAAUGCGACCAAGAUUCUUGUUUCCGGCAUGCAUUUUCCUGGUGCAUUCAAAGAAUGGUCAGACCUCCUUGAAUCAUCUGUACGUGUUGUGAGGACUGAGAAGGAUGAUGAGGUUCUUGUCACAUUGGUCUUGGAGCCUAUAGCUGAAGGACUCGCUUUUGUACCGAUCCAUGAUGCCUAUCUACUAGUCGCAUCACUCCUUCGCCACGCUUCGUCGAUUCAUUUUCUCCAGGAGCCUGGACGGGGAUUGGAGAACGCGAUAUCUCCGCAGAUGAGGCUCCCACCAUUUCCGCAUAAGCUGCUUGCUUCUGUCGGAAGACUUCUCGACUUAACUUACAGCGGGUUCGAGGCUCCUGGCAGUGCUGCUCUCGCUGGAUUCAUUGAAAGUUUACCUUCUUUCCUUGGGUCUGGUACGGCAUUGUUUCGCUCGCAGGUCUUGGAAGCCCUCCAAUCACAGUUGGUGCUUUGGAUGCGAGAUAAAGAAAACAAAUUUGGCGUUACUAUCCCUGUUGAUAGCAGAAUUUCAACUGCGUGUCACGCUCUGUCUUCUGCUAUACUCAAAAACAUAGAAGUUGUCGUGGUUGACAAUGAAUCUUCUGUAAGACAAUUCGAGGGCAUUAUCUGCGCUGGCUUGGAGUCAGAACAUAUUCCAAGAAUGAAGCAGUUUUUACAUUUUUUCCAGUCGGAUUAUGUAUUCUCAGAUGCUUUUGACAGCGCCACUACAUUGGGCAAAACGUUUUCUAGGACAAUGUCCAGGCUCGGGUCACAGUCUCAGAAUAACAUCGAGGACGCAAUCACAUCGCAUUCCACAGUCCAUACCCAAUCGAGUCAUAAAAAGCCUGCGGAUGCCACCGAAAAGCGGGCAGUCGCCAUCAAUUCACCGCUCCCAGGUGACGGCAUGGAGGCAUCUGAAAAUAGCGAAGUUGCUGAGCCUUCGUUGCCCACGAACUGUGAUGCAGCUGUACCCGAGGCACCUAUCACAUUCCAGAAAAGCCGACGGGAAGUAUUUCGCAUGAUAGAAUCCAUACGAUCAUCUUCCCCCGCCAACACCCCGGGGAAGCUGGGAUUCGACACACCUGUCCAUUUACGGAGGCUCCAUGCCGCACAUUCUGGCAUUCCAUUGACACCGACGCUUGUGCCAACUGAAAAUGAAGAAGGCUUUAUUGGUUCAUCUCCCACCCCAGCAACUCGGGACCCGACACCGGCAAUGAACUCCGACGCUUCGGCUCUCAAAUCUCAGGAUGUUACAAUGAAUGAUGCCGCCGAUAUUCCUUCCUCACCCCCUGAAAUGCACACUCGGAGCCCAAGCCCCAAAAAGCAGUCUCGUCGUGAGCGGCGGAGGUCUGCAAAGGCUCGGAGAGAAAGUUCCCGCAGGGCCGUAGAGGGCCAACCUCCUACUGACAGCACUAUUAAUUCUCUGCACAUGGGCGAAGACAUGCCAAGCAUUUCCAAGGACAGUAUGUCCGGUGAAACAAAUGAGAACACCAACACCGCGUCCCAGGCGCAUGAGCGGCCAUCCAGCCGUCGACUUCGCUCUGGACUGGGUCAAACUUCAGAACAUGAUGCAGGCUAUGCACCAACCCCAUCAGCGAGUACACCAUCUCAGCCAACGGAAAGCUUUUCUGCUUCUCGAAACACUAGAUCCAAAUCAGGGUCAAAGAAGAAGAACAGAAAGUCUACAUCCAAGCCUGAAAAUGACGCUGGUGAGCAAGCUGCAAAGCCUUUCGAUGCACCAUCCACCUCGGUUACUCUGGAGUGUGAUCUUGAUUCUUCCACCGAGGAAUUGGAAACGCAGAUUGCAUCGCAGCUUGAACAAGACUUGGAACUCGCUGUUGAUAUGGGUGUCAAGACUGAUGAAAAUCCGUCUACCCACAAAAAAGCCGACAGAUCAAAAAGCAAAAAGAGAAAAAGAGAAGAAGAUCACACACAGACCUCUGUCAAGGAACGACGUCGAUCAACAAGACUUUCAACUACGCAAGACGUCAUGGUUGUUGAUUUAGAAGAACUUGAUGCUACCCAACCUCAUGCUUUCCCGACGUCUGAACCUCCUCAACAGGCCGUCGUUAGGCCAACUUCGACAACCCCGCGCCGGUCAACUAGGAAUUCCCAGCGGAGGGGAUCCGAUGCAACCGUUUUCGAGGUAUCUCCCUUGGCAACUAGGAUUUCAGAACCUAUCCAAGAGGAGCCUGCCAGGAAAGAAGAAGAUUCGCGCCAGCCCUCGAAGCAAUCGCUUCAGUCCCUUUGCCUUGAUGAGCCGCUUACCCCGGAUAUCAUCGAAAAGAGUUUGAGUCGUCCGAGAUCUUCUCGUGGACAUCGUUCUCGAAAGAGGCGUUCAGGUCACACUGGAGCGCAAUCUGAUGAAGAGCGGCAGCCAGAAACAGAGCUGCAAAUUCACGAUAAUGAUCUACUCGAUAAGCAAAAUGAUUUGACGGAUGCCGAGGCGGGGGGCAUCUCUCAUUCCCUUAAAAAGCUUUUAGGAGAUAUGAAGUCGGCCAAGCUGGGACCAGACGCCCUUCGCGAGGUCGACGACCUCCUUUUUGAUAUCCGCGUGGAAGCCCACAAUGCAUCACGGCGGCACAGCAAUAUAGCAUAG